GAUUUAUCGCAUGACUCGGUGCUUGGACGACAAGGCAAAAUUUUGGGGAUAUUUGCAGGAGGAACAAUGACAGAGGCUAAGGGGUAUAGUAGGUUCAACUUCUACGGAGAGAUUUAAGAGAAACCCAUGAAAAUUUUCUCCUGAAACGAUCAUGCCCAUCUUUCGGUCUCUUUUCCUUUCCUCCAAGCACCGCCCUCUGAAUCUGCUUCAAAGUAUAAUGUGUGCUCUUUCUUUUAAGAGUAAUUCUAAGGAUCUUAGUUAUUCAAAAAAAUUAUGGCGGAUAUAGGUUUGGCCUGUCAAAGGGGUUUCAGGCUCGUAGCUAUACAAAAUCAACAAGGCAAGUAAAUCAAAAGCGAGAUGGUCAUUCUGUAAUGUCUACAGAAACUCAGGCUCCCCGCUCAUGGAAUAUUUACAUCAUUCCAGCUGCUGCUGUACUUGGAUUGGCUGGAUUAGCUACUUUUGUUCAUUAUAAUGACGAGAGAAGAGCCAUCUUAAAAGGACAGGGGAACAGCGAUAAUGAUACUACUGCUAAGGGUCCGAUCAUUGGUGGCCCUUUCACUCUGGUUGAUACGGAAAAUAAAACAGUGACUGAAAAGAACCUUUUAGGGAACUGGGUUCUACUCUAUUUCGGCUACACAUCAUCUCCCGAUGUUGGACCUGAUCAAGUCCAAAUGAUGGCCAAGGCAAUAAAGAUAUUAGAAUCAAAACAUAAUGUUAAGGUUUUACCGGUAUUUGUCACAAUUGAUCCUCAGCGUGAUACACCUUCUCAUCUUCGUGCCUACCUUCAAGAGUUUGAUUCGAGAAUAACGGGAUUGACGGGGCCUGCUAAUGCUAUAAGGCAGAUGGCACAGGAAUACCGAGUGUAUUUCCGGAAGAUUGAGGAAGAAGGGAAUGACUAUCUUGUCGAGUCUUCUCACAACAUGUAUCUGAUGAACCCAAACAUGGAGGUUGCAAGAUGCUUUGGAGUUGAGUACAAUGCAGAAGACUUGUCAGAAGCAAUAGUAAAGGAACUACAGAAAACGCCAAGUUAGUUGUUUAUCAAGAACUUGAGUCUUGAUUCACUGCCAGCAUUUUUUCAGAUUUAACAGAUUCUGGGUAAUCUUUUUAACAUUCUUCCCACCUUGGGUCCUUAUUUCCAAUUUUGUAGUGGAAAUUUUACACAUUUCAUAAUCCAAGAUUUUCAGAUGGC